ACGGUGUGACUUGAAUUGGGUUGGUCGGAGUUAUCUGAAAGACAAAUGCAGUUCAGCAGUGGCUUGUCAGAGCUUCAAAAAGGGCAACUACAGCCAAAAAAGCAUUGGUGGCACUCUAUUACUACAUCAUGGCAACCAUUACAGUGAACGUGGAAUUCAGUGGCGGCAUGGAGCUGCUUUUUAACAACGAAAGAAAGCAUAAGAUUACUCUUCCCGCUCAGUCAGAGAAUGGACAGCCCACCACAUUGCAGACCCUCAUCCUUCACAUUCGCGAUAACUUGAUGACCGAUAAGAAAGAUCUUUUUGUUGAUAAAGAUACAGUGCGACCGGGUAUUCUUGUCUUGAUUAAUAAUGUCGACUGGGAGUUAUGUGACGAGUUGGAAUACGAGCUCCAGAAUAACGACGAAAUUGUUUUCAUUAGCACUUUGCACGGUGGUUAAAGGAAUCGCCAUGCCGGAAUACAAUGAACAAUGACGCCCGCUUUUUAUUCUUCUUUUACUUGCUUAUCAACGAUAUCCGAAACAAGAAAUUGAUCGUACAAAUAAUCAAAUUGAACCGAGACGACCAAAACAACACAUUUUGUGUAUAUUCUACUUUUUGUUGUUUAUUAUGGUGUGUGGACUUUUUCAGAAUCCUUUUUACAUUAUUUACAUUCUAAGAAAAAAGAUUGUUACAUUAAAAAGCACCCGCGUAGAUAAAUAAAUGGGCAUAGAAUGGUAUGAAGAAAU